AUGACAUAUCUUUUUGCUGUAUGUAUCUCUUUAGGUCAUGCAUGUUGGGAAUUAUUUUGUCUUGAACAUGGUAUUCGCCCUGAUGGUACAUUGGCUUAUGAUAUGGAGUGUAAAUCUGAUAAUUCAAUGCUAACAUUUUUCGAAGAUGUUGGUCAUAAAUAUACGCCGCGUAUGUUGUAUAUCGAUUUGGAACCAACUGUUAUUGAUGAAGUUCGUACAGGUACCUAUCGUCAAUUAUUUCAUCCAGACAAAUUGAUUUCGGGUAAAGAAGAUGCAGCGAGUAAUUAUGCAAGAGGAUAUUACACAAUCGGAUAUGAGUUGAUUAAUCAUGUUAUGAAUCAAAUUCGAUUAUUAGCCGAUCAAUCUCAAUCACUACAAGGUUUCAUUGUAUUUCAUAGUUUUGGAGGAGGAACUGGCUCUGGAUUCGCUUCUCUUUUGAGUGAACGUUUAUCUACGGAAUAUAGCAAGAAGUCAAAAUUAGAAUUUGCCGUAUUUCCUUCUCCGAAGAUAUCUACCGUUAUUGUUGAACCAUACAAUACGGUUUUGAACACUCACAUGGGUCUGGAAUAUUCUGAUUGUGUAUUUAUUGUUGACAACGAAGCAUUGUGGGAUAUUUGUACUCGAUCACUCGAUAUCAAAAAGCCAAGUUUUGUCAGUAUUAAUCGUCUUAUAGCUCAAGUCAUUUCAAAUAUUACGGCCGGAAGUCGAUUUACAGAUGGAUAUACGGCAGAUUUUAUCGAAUUUCAAACAAAUUUAGUUCCAUUUCCACGAAUCCAUUUUCCUUUGGUUUCCUAUGCGCCUAUACGUUCAGCAGAAAAAACGUAUCAUGAACAAAAUGAUACAAUGGCACUUACUCAAGAACUUUUUCAUCCUCACAAUCAAAUGGUUAAAGUAAAUCCGACGAACGGUAAAUAUAUGGCAACCGCAGUCAUCUACCGGGGUCCAGUUAAUCAACCAGACGUAAAUACCACUAUACAGAAGUUAAAGAAUGAUAGACGAAUUACAUUCGCCGAUUGGUGUCCAACUGGUUUCAAAAUUGGUUAUACAGCUAGUCCACCCAUUUUUGUUCCCGGUGGUGAUCUAGCACCUGUUCAAAGAUCAGCAGUUGGUUUAUCAAAUUCAACGGCUCUUGUCGAAGCAUGGGCUCGUAUUGAUUAUAAAUUUGAUUUAAUGUAUGCCAAACGAUCUUUUGUACACUGGUAUGUUGGUGAGGGCAUGGAAGAAGGUUCACCAGCUCUAGCUCAUAAUACAUUAAUUAUACUAGCGUCCAUGCAAACAUCAAAAAUAGCCGUAUUUAAAUCAAAGUCUUCUUCAUUCACUGAAGACAUGAUUCAAGAGAGAACAACCCGUCGUGAACACUCUAUUCGAUUUCGUUGGAAUCCAAAUAUUCGUCGUAUUAUUUUACAUUUUUUUACUCAAGCACUGGGUGAUCGAUGUGUCUGUUCUAUACCAGGUGUUAGUAUGCAACAAGCAGAUGAUUUAAAAGAAGCGGGUUACAAUUCAAUUCAAUCAUUUCUAACAAUGUUUAUUAAAUAUCGAUGUGAUUCAGCGCGAUUCGCCGCUCAUUUAUAUAGACGAUAUAAUAUCGAAUAUAUUCAAGCAUUAACGAUUGGAGAAAUAUUUAGAGAAUAUUUUAGAACAAUUGGAGUUAUUUACGGAUAUUGUGUAAGGAAAUGUAUUUAA